AUACCGAUGAAAUCAAAAGGGAAACCACCGAGUUGACGUUAGCCGAAACUAAAUUCGAGCGGUACCAAAUAACCGGUACCGAAACGAUAUCCAAUGUGUGAUGAAACUGGUACCAAGUCAGAUGCCGAAGAUGGCGAUAAGGUAGCCAAAGACGAAACCGAAACGAAGAACCGCGAAGCGAAAGAGCCAAAAUCUGUUUCGUUUAAUCAAGACGUUCACGUUAAAAGAUUCGGUAAACCGCGUGAACCGCGGGGCACCUCAUCCGAACAAGUACGAAAAGAACCAUUCACCCAUUUAACAAAGCAAGAAUUAAUUGAUGAAGCGAAUAAAGUAAGAGCACAAGCUGAUAGCGUGACCUGCACUGCGGAUCAUCCGCCGGAGAAAUUUUUCUCAUUGCCACAUAGAAAGAAAUUCAAAGAAGAUAGGGGAAGAAGAAACAGCGACGACGGCACAGAAGGCUCGAAAAUUAAUCUUGGCAGAUCAACCAGCGAUGUGAAUCCAAAAAAAAGAAAAGAACGUACAUCCCUAUCAACUUUAUUUAGGAGGGCACAGAGAACUAAAAGUCCAGAUACAUCAGUGGUCGUUACAUCUAAACCAAUUGCAGUAGUUAAACGUAGUAAAAGUGAUGUAUCCGACUUGAAAUCUAACACCAACAUAACUCCUCAAACUAAACCGAUUCGUAAAAGAUCUGGCAGUGAAACCGAAGAAUUUCUGAAGUCCCUUAGGAAUAAAAAAUCUCAACUAUCUCCAAUAAUUGAGAGCUCUCCAAGGGAAGAUUACUUUAAGAAAACUCCACCACUAGAAGUAUUUCAAAAACAAAAACUAUCUCAAAAAGACAGCAACAUAUCUGAUGAACAGAACUCUGCGUCAGAAAAUAAAAAAGUUAAUCCUGUAGAAAAACCACCAAGAUACAAAACUCCUGAAAAACAAGAACCUAAACCGCCAAUAAGAACAAAGAGGGGAAAAUCGUUAGAGAAAGAAAAGGAGAAAUCUCCCUCUAUCGCAGAAACACCUAAACGCAAAACAGACGUAAAAAGAACACUUUUAGUCGAUGAGAUCGAUUCUAUCAAAGAAAAGAAUAGCCAUCCUCUUGAAGUUAAAGAAAAAAUCAAAGAAAGUAUUAGAAAAAUCGAGGAAAACAUUUAUGGUGAUAAAGAAAUGAUACACAGUAGCCAACAACCACCUGAUAAACCACCCCUAACACGAGGGCAUACUGUGGAUCACAUUGUAAGAAUACUAAAAGAAGAUCAGUUAUCUCCUCCUCCAAAACCUCAUUUGAUCUCACCAACAAACGGUACUAAUACAAGUCAACCUUUCUCGUAUAUUAAACCCAGUGUAAGUCCUGAUCCCAAUUUAUUUGUGAGAAAUACAAGUCCAGAUAGAGUACCUACCCCAGUUAAUAAAAUGACAGAUAAAGGAGUGGUGUACGCUCAAGUAGUUCGCGAUAAUGGAGACACUGGUACGAAUGGAUUUGGUAAGCAGACUAUUCAUAAAACUUACUCCCCAGCAAGGGAAAAAUAUGGAAAUUUCUCUGAUGAAGAUGAAGGUUUGGGAUAUGAAGAACGCCACAAGAACUCUAUUAACCGUUUUGACUAUGAUUAUAAAAACGAGAAUGAAAACUACAAUAGCAUUGAAGGAUAUAAUGAUUCACCUAUAAGACCAAUAUAUAGAGAAUAUAAAUUAAAAAGUUUUGAAGAUUUUGAACCUACUUAUGCAAAUGAGUAUCCCAUUGAAAAUAAUAAAUCCCAUGAUUUUAUCGAUACUUUUCGAGGAAGAGCUGAUGGUAUGGAUACUAAGCGAAGACAGUAUGAACAUGAUAAUACUAAAAUAGAUUUAGAUUUUAACGAACUAAGUCAUAGGCGAAAGCUUUUAGAAUCGAGACUAAAUGCUCGAAAAAUCGACCGAAAUGAUAAUAUUUUUGAUAGAAAAGAAAGAAUUAAUACCGAUGAGCCCAUUUCAAGAUAUUUAGCUGAGACUGAUCCUAUUUAUGAGGCAGAAAAGCGUAGAAAAGCUACCGAAAAAUAUGUUAAUGAAACAGCAAAGUACUACAGACAGACUUUAGAAAGAGAUGGUUUUACUCAGAAUAGUAUUACUGAAGACUAUAGUAAAUAUGACUCGGAUAAUCAUAAAGUGAAAUACAAUACUGAAACUAGAACUUUUCAAAAAGUUCCACAGGGCGAAGUAGAUAGGCGAGAGUUUAUUGAUAGAUUGGGUCCUAAUUCUAGACAUAAAAGCAAAGUUUUUCCCCCGGAGCCAGAAUAUGAACCUCCUAGUCUAGAAUUUACAGAAAAACCCGUACUUUCACCUGACGAAUACAAAGAAAAAAAAUACAAAGUGAAAAAAAAUAUUGUUUCUAGUCAUGAUAUGCUUCAUACUGGUCAUAAAUAUAAAGUCAAAGAUGACUGGUUUGGUAAAAGGAAAGGUCAUUAUGCAUCAAAUCCUGAAAUAGCUAAAGAAAGAGAAGAUGAUUAUGCUAAUCUUCGUUAUGAAGCAAAACAAGCAGAAUCUUAUCAUAAUUCUCUACGUCGUGGGAAAAAUAAAGACAGAUAUUAUAAAGAAGACUUUGGAAUGAGGCGCCAUGACUCCGGCGAUAGCAGAGAAUAUUAUCGUGAUGACAGAUCUCCACGGCGUUAUGAUAUAGAUAAUCGUUUAGUUGAUUCCGGAAUUGAGAACGAUUUCCGUAAAGACUCAAGUGGUGAACUUCACAGGUCAAGGUACAGACCUCAUGAGAGCGACGAUGACGUUAGGAAUGUAUCCUUAUUCUUGGCCAGUGAAAGAAGACAUACAGAGGAUAAUUAUCCUAGCGAGCAAAUAUACGCCAAUGGUGAAUAUUUAGCUAAAUUCAAGGACUUCAGGGAGAACGGUUACAGAAAAGAAUAUUCAAGAGACAAAAGUAUUGAUAACGUAUCACAUUUAGAACCAAGAGUUGACAGAUACAACAAAAGUCCCAUCGGGCAUGAUAAUAAAGUCAGUGCGAAACCGCCAAAGGCUGCAAAGAAAUUAUCUGGACUUGAAAAGAUGAAACAGCUGUUCUCUCGCGACUCUUCGAAGAAGAGCAAAAAGGAGAAAGAAGUAGUCCAGCCGAAGACUCGCACCCGGGUACUCAAGAGCCCUGAACAUCUUGCUGGAGAUGACUCUGAGUAUAGAAGGUACACCGACCCUGAGCCGAGUGAUAUCGUCGUAAAGAAAAUAGACUACGAAUGCAAAGCAGACGAGAGGAGAUUCCGAAAUUCCAGAGAAGAUCUGGACAAGUACCGGAGUUCCGAUCCCCGAGAGAGUCCCGAGAGAAAAUAUCGGGAUAUGGAUUACAAUGGAAGAUACGAUAGAACUUUGAAAGAGGACAGAAGAUACAAGGAACGUAAAGAAGAAAAGAGACGAUACCACUCAUCGGACAGGGAGAGUGACCACCAUUCCAGACCGUCAGACGCUGAAAGUGACCUUCGAAAGUCGAGGUCCAGAACGGCUGGACCACUUGACUCGCCUGCUUUGGCUGAAAGAUACCGCGAGAGACGGCGGCUGGCAACACCCAGCCCCACCCCCUCCCCGCCGCGGCGGCAGCCCGCACCACCCCCCGCCACCUCCGCCGGCAACUGGUUCAAAUCACUGGACAGACUCACGGCUAGAAAACGAGGGAAGAGUGUCAAUACAAAGAGUGAAAAAGAAAGUGUUAUAACAACAGAAGAUGAAUCCACAAGGAAAGCCUGGUCCAAGACUACUAAACCGCUCAAUUCACCAGCAAAAAACCUGCGAUUCUUUGGUGAUACAGAUGCGGAUUCAGAUAUAAACGUGAAGCAAACGGUCACCAAAACCAAGAGCCAUCCCGUAAAAAGUCAUGGCACACUGAGAAAAACUAUAUCGAACUCGAGUACUGGUAUCGAUGAAGUCGAUCACAGCGAAUUAUCGAAUAAAAGUCACUCGCUAUCCAAUCUACAGAGAGAAGACAAGAGUGAGUCACCAAAAAAUAGAUAUUACAAAAGAAACUUGCAGAACAUUUCAGAGAUUCACAGCAAUUCGGAGAAUGAGAGCCAGUUUGACAGGAAGGUGAACAUGAAGCCCCCUAUAAGUCCAUAUGAGAGGUCCAGGAGUCACAGUAGCUCCAAGACCCUGAUGGGGAGCAGGAAUGAUGUGAGGAGACACAGGAAGGAUGAUAGGGGCAGCUCGUCGGAACUGAGGACCAGCAACCAGGAACUCAGCAGGGAUAUGAAGCACCGUCGCCGCACGCCUGGUACCAACUCCGGGGAAAGCAGCACAGAGGGUGACUCCAGUCACCAGUCACAACGGAGCGUCGUCUACCUGCACGCAACCACUGUUGGUGAUAUUCCUGACCCUGGAAGACUGACACGGAACCGUUCACGAGACGACGUAUCCUCGGUCAACUCCUCUAAUAUCCAAGUCCGUAGCACCACGAAGAGCUUUUCCAUUUUCGCUCCAUGGACUCCAAGGCAUUACAACGAUCAACACGACGUCCAUUACGCUCAGAGACCAAGGAAAGUGAAACCAAAAGAGAUUCCCGCCAAAAAAACCACCACGACCAGAAAUCAUGUUGAAGACAGGCCAACACUGCAAAAGAACAAGUCUUUCAGCCAAACAACCUUGACUAGGAAGCCACAAAACAAUCGACUAACAAGCUCCAGUACAACACUAUACAGAAAACCGGAGAAACGUAGAGAACUUGACCAAAACACAACACUAUCACGCAAAUCGGUAUCUAGAGACGGCAAAAAAAGUCAGUCGAGCGAAAUUUUAAACCGUGAUAGUCGCGAACGAGUUUCACGUUCGAUUUCAAUGCCGAAAGACAACAAUAAAAAGGCUGGCUGGUUUAAACUGUCUAACAAAAAUAAAAAACAAGAAAUUAAUACUAGGGUCCGUUAAAUUAAUAUUCAAAUUCAGAAUCUUAUUUAGUAGCUUGUUCUGCGAAAAUAGAACAGUUUUGAACUUCGCGCCAUCUCAGUGAAAUUAUGUUACCAUUGCAAUAAAUGUCAUCGCUAAUAGACCAACUAAGUGACAUUUCAUAGACAAACUUGAAAAUUAGUCUCACACAUUUAUAUAAUUAUAAGAAAUGGUUAGCUAUAGGAUUACAAUAAUACAGUGUCGUACAUUAUCACGAAUAACAGUAAUUGAAGAAACUGGGUGCUAUAAAUAAUAUAAGAUUUUAACAAUUGUGGUUACAAAGAAAAGUGCCAUGAUCACUUUAAUGUUACCAUUUUCUUAAUGCGAGAAAUUUUCCGUAAGGUUGCAU